AUGCAUCUUAUGUACACUAUCGGUGCCGAUGGCAAGCGUGUUUACACCUUGAAGAAAGUCGUUGACGGCAAGGUCUCCAAGUCCGCAAGUCACCCCGCUCGCUUCUCCCCCGAUGACAAGUACUCUCGUCACCGUGUUACCCUGAAGAAGCGUUACGGCCUCCUGCUCACCCAGCAGACCGAUGACGCUCCUGCUGUUUGA